UCCUGUGAUUUGUACUUCAAAAAUUUUAGAAAAUUUCGAGCAUAAAUCGUGAUUAGAGAGAAUUUCUUUCGGUUCUUUUUCUUCGAUCCUUCUUUUCAACCGUAAAAGUUACGCGAUAUUGUGAGGAGACGCAACUUCCGCAAACAUGAAGCCCUGGAUUAAUAUUGUGUCGCUUUUUGCAUUGUUUUACGUAUCCGCGAUCAUCUUUGCACAUCCUGGCUGCGGAAGCCUCACGAAUGAGAAUCAAAUUGGUAAGCAUGAUGCUUUGCUGAAUUUCAUGGAAACGGGAGGAAACGACUUUCCUGGUCAGAUGAAAGAAGAAUUAUUAGGAGCGGUUAAAGAACGACAGAAACGAUUAUCGGAUCAAAGGCGAGCAGAAUUAGAGACUCUGAUGGCCCUCUCAAAAAUGACUGAGAAAUUAGUGAACGUGACGAGGGGCGGCCGACAAUUGGACAUAUCGAAAAUUGGUCGCAAGAAACGCGCCGUAUUCGAGAUGAACAUGAAAAAUCUACGGAAACUCUUCCGACUGUCAGGGCAACUUGGUUACAAGGGAAACGCGGCCUACCCUGUUAUUAGUUGAAGCUAUGGGACAAUACAGAAGACAUUGGAGUAAAUUCUACUUGCCAAAGUUGGUGCACUACAAAUCAAAAAGGAUGACCCUGGCACAAAAAAUGAAAGUAAUAUCGUUUUGGUGUACCAGUUCGUCGAAACUAACGACGGAUCACGAAUUAGGUGUUUUAACGAAACUCACUAUUGUAAAAAACCAUCCCCAACGCAUCGUACAACUAC